UGCCUUGAAAAAUAAGUCCUCUUCAUAUCUUCAUCAGCAUUACCUCUUAAACCACAGCUCCAUUUUCAGAUAAUAGAAAUCAAUGUCUGCUACUGUGGGAGCUAUCUCUUCAGCCAAGGAGGUCAACUUCAACUCUCAAACAAAUGAAGAAGAGCUCAAAAAGCCUUCUGGUGGUGAACCUGCAGACCAGCCAAGGAAUGGUGAAACUGCCAUUGAAGAUGGCCUUGACAAUGAUUUUGGUGAUGACCCAGAUGAUGAUGAGGAUGACCUUUCGAAGUUGAAAUCUGAGACCCAUUUGCGUCUUGGUCCCCAGUUUUCAAUCAAGGAGCAGCUUGAGAAAGACAAAGAUGAUGAAAGUUUGAGGAAAUGGAAGGAACAACUUCUUGCAGGUGUUGAUCUCUCUGCUGUUGGAGAGAGUAAAGAUCCAGAGGUGAAAAUAUUGAGCCUUACAAUCCAAUGCCCUGGAAGAAAAGAUGUUGUCCUGCCAAUUCCAUUCCUUAACAAUCCAAAAAGCAGGCUUUUCUCUCUCAAGGAAGCAAGUAAGUACCACCUGAAAUUCACCUUCACUGUCUCCAACAACAUAGUUUCAGGCCUCAAGUACACCAACACUGUCUGGAAGACUGGUAUGAAAGUGGACAGUACAAAAAUAAUGUUGGGAACAUUUAGUCCUCAACUAGAGCCUUAUACGUAUGAAACCGAAGAAGAAACUACGCCUUCUGGCAUGUUUGCAAGGGGCUCGUAUACUGCUAGAACCAAGUUUGUGGAUGAUGAUGGAAAAUGCUACUUGGAUGUGAGUUACCACUUUGAAAUCCUCAAGAACUGGCCCAAACCCUCAUGAGAAUUCCAUGUAUUAAUCUUUGUUAAUGCUCCAAAUGAUCAUUUUAGAUAGAUUUUAGCCCUCUGGCUCUCUAUGUAUUUUGUAACCAAACUGAGGAAAUGCAAUGAAUUUUCUUUUCCAAAAAGAAAAAAAAAAACAAAGAAAACAAAAGAAAGAAAUUUAAUACUGACAAAUCACACUACAUGGCAUCAUGGA